UUAAGUAGAUUUAAUAAGUGAGGGCUGAAGUCCUUAUUUAGGGUGGGAAACUUCAUCUUCUACAAUCACUGCUUUUACAGUCACUGCGAAAUGAGAGAUAGAAGAAAUCAAUGAAUUGAGUGAUCGAUCGGGAAAUUGAUAGGGCGGAGAUGAAGCUGCGGCACGCAAUGGUGUGCUCUUCGAAUCAGAACAGGAGCAUGGAGGCGCACGCGCUGCUCAAGAGAGAAGGCUUCGACGUGGCUUCCUACGGAACUGGGCAGCACGUUAAGCUGCCUGGACCCUCCCUUAGAGAACCCAACGUCUACGAUUUCGGCACCCCCUACAAGCAAAUGUUCGACGACCUCCGCCGCAAAGACCCCGAGCUAUAUCGGCGAAACGGAAUACUACCAAUGCUCAAGAGGAACUUAUCUGUAAAAACUGCCCCUCAGCGUUGGCAAGAAAAUGCUGCAGAUGGUACAUUUGAUGUGGUACUUACAUUUGAAGAAAAAGUUUUUGAUAUGGUUCUUGAAGAUCUACACAAUCGGAAGCAGGUGCUUUUGAAGCCCGUUUUAGUUAUCAACUUAGAAGUUAAAGAUAACCACGAAGAGGCAGCAAUUGGUGGCCGGCUUGCGCUACAAUUAUGUCAAGAGGUACACUUGUUAUGCUAUCCAGAGAUUGAACACAGUAGUUUCAGCUGCUUACUGUUAUAUGCAAUCAUAUGCAGAUCGAGGCUGCUGAAAACUGGGAGGAAUGUGUUGACGAUCUUAUUAUAAACUUUGAGAGACAAAACCACAGGAAGCUCGUCUACAGCAUCUCGUACUACUGAUCAUGUUUCGACUGAUACUAACAGGGAGAUCUGGCUACGAACGCAGUAACCAAGCCGAAGGCAAGCUUUGAGAUAUCUUCUCGAGAUCAAGAUUUCUCACUUGAGAAUUUGUUUGAAUCUCCUGUGCUAAAAUUAUGCUUUCUAAUCGGGUAAUCACAAGGUACCAGUGACCUACAGUAUGUAUACAAUUUUUCUAGGAGCGAGCAAGAUUGAAAUGAAACUGAAUGAAAUUUUAAUCCACU